CCUGUGAACAUGCAAAGAAGAAUUGAUGAGCUGCUGACUCAGUGACAAGAAGGAACAAAGUCGACACUGGACUGGAGUGGAGUGGAAAGGUGACAGCAGCAAGGGCGCAGAGUUUCUGGAAGAGGAUCCAGUGUUUUUAUUAAUUUAUUUCUGUUUAAUUCAUCUAUACUGAAGAAAGAUGCCUUUGGGACUGAGAGGGAGGAAGAAAAACAAACCCAAGGAGAGCUCAAAGCUGGUGGAGAGCGAGGAGGUGGAUGACAGAGUGCCUGGCACUAGCGCAGGCAAGGGGACUUCCAUGGCCAACGGUGCGGCCGGAUUACCCCCUCCUCCAGUUAGUAUGCGCCCCAAACUGGUCUUCCAUACGCAGCUGGCACAUGGCAGCCCCACUGGUAGGAUCGAGGGUUUCACUAACGUCAAGGAACUGUACGCUAAAAUAGCAGAGGCUUUCCAUAUCAGCCCAGAAGAGAUCUUAUUUUGCACUUUGAACACACACAAAAUCGAUAUGGAUAAACUGCUUGGCGGACAGAUUGGUCUUGAAGAUUUUAUCUUUGCUCACAUUAAAGGAACCAAAAAAGAAGUAGACGUUUUGAAAUCUGAAGAUGCUUUAGGACUUACCAUUACUGACAAUGGUGCCGGAAUCGCUUUUAUAAAGCGGAUCAAAGAAGACAGCACAAUCGACAGAGUAAAAGUCAUCAACGUAGGGGAUCAUAUAGAAUCUAUCAAUGGGAAAAAUAUUGUAGGAUCGCGCCAUUAUGAAGUUGCCAAGAUGCUGAAAGAGUUGGAAAAAGGAGUUGCCUUCAAAUUAAAGUUGAUAGAACCUUUUAAAGCGUUUGAAAUGAUUGAACCAAGGACCAAAGGUGGCAAAAUAACAGAGGGUAAAAUUUCCACUGGAAGAGAAACAUUGCGGUUACGAUCGAAAGGACCUGCAACUGUAGAAGAAAUGCCUACUGCAUUUGAAGAAAAAGCUAUCAAAAAAGUGGAUGAUCUUCUUGAAAGUUAUAUGGGUAUAAGAGACAUUGAACUGGCUGCAACAAUGGUGGAAGCUGGAAGAGACAAGAAAAACCCAGACGAGUUUGCAGUGGCCCUUGAUGAAGCACUUGGAGAUUUUGCUUUCCCAGACGAAUUUGUUUUUGAUGUCUGGGGAGCAAUAGGCGACGCAAAACAAGGGCGGUUCUAAUGGGAUAUCCCACAGCAUUUCUAAUCACUGGUUUAAUUAUUGCUGAAACAAUGACUUUUAUUAAUGUUGUGUUAUUUGUUAAUUGGAAUAAGCAAAGAAAAAUGGGGAUCUAUUUUUGUAAUACUCUUCUUAGCCCCAAAAAACAGCUGUUUUUAAUAUUCUCCUUUUAUCUUUGCCAUUCUUUCCAUAUCUUUUAUUUUCUCUCCUUCUUGGACUUUUUUUUAUACAUUCAUGUUUCUUCCUUUUUAUAUUUGCUUUCUUUUUCUUUACACAUUAUUUAUUUUCCUUAUGUUACCCCAAGCAUUCCUAAAAUCUCCCAACUGUCUCCCAAUAUUUACCCUAUUAGGGUAAACAAGGACCACCAAAGCCACACCCCUGACUACUUAGCUUCUCACUGGGUCAGUAAGACUCCACCCCCAGGCUUCUUUUAACAUUUCUUUUAACAUAUUCUUAUUUCCUCAAGUUUUAUGAUCCUUUCUUUAGUCUUUGUUCUCAACCCCCCCAUUUAUCUUUUAUUUUCUCUCCUUCUUGGACUUUUUUAUACAUUCAUGCUUCUUCCUUUUUAUUUUUGCUUUCUUUACGCAUUAUUUAUUUUCCUUAUGUUACCCCAAGCAUUCCUAAAAUCUCCCAACUGUCUCCCAAUAUUUACCCUAUUAGGGUAAACAAGGACCACCGAAGCCACACCCCUGACUACUUAGCUUCUCACUGGGUCAGUAAGACUCCACCCCCAGGGUUCUUUUAACAUUUCUCUUAACAUAUUCUUAUUUCCUCAAGUUUUAUGAUCCUUUCUUUAGUCUUUGUUGUCAACCCCCCCAUUUAUCUUUUUCUCACCCCUCAAUUAUCUUUCUCUCUAUUAUUACUAUCCAUCUCACGUUUGUCCAAACAUUGUUGCACUGUUCGUGUCAUACUUUUUAAUGAACUGAUAGAUAAAACUUUUGUUUUUAUGAAAAUUGAUUUGCAAUCUAAUGUACACACAUACUGUAACACUGUAUUUUCUUUACUCACUAACACUUGUUGACUGUUAUGUCUUUUAUAUGAAGAGACUUUUAUAUAUGAUUUAAUAAAUACAGUAGGGUUUUCUCAUAAUGUUUUAGAGAAACAGUUGCUACUGGACUUUGGUACUUUAUGGAUUUUAACAGUAAUUAUAUUUGUCUACUGUGUAAAUUAUAAUAUAUUUUGACUGACAACUAUAUUCUUAGAACGGUAUAUUAAAGGGACAUGAAACCCCAACAUUUUCUUUCAUGAUUCAGAUAGAGAAUACAAUUUUAAACAACUUUCCAAUUUACUUCUAUUAUUUAAUUUGCUUCCUUCCCUUGUUAUCCUUUGCUGAAAGGUUUAUCUAGGCAAGCUCAUGUGCAGCAGAGAACCUAGGUUCUAGCUGUUGAUUGGUGACUGCAUAUAUAUCUCGAUUGUGAUUGGCUCACCCAUGAGUUCAGUUAGAAACCAUUAGUGCAUUGCUGCUCCUUCAACAAAUGAUACCAAGAGAAUGAAACAAAUUAGACAAUAGAAGCAAAUUAGAAAGUUGUUUAAAAUUGUAUUCUCUAUCUGAAUCAUGAAAGAAAUUUUUUGGGGUUUCAUGUCCCUUUAAGCCGUUAAGAACAGACCUAUAAAUUGACACAAUUCUGGUGAAUUUAUUUCUGUAGUCAAAAUAUGUUUCCGGUUAGGUAUAGGACCUAGCUAAAGGAUGCAUAAUUGCAGUGUUGACCUAAAGAUGUAUAGAAAGAUAAUAUAGAAUAAUUGCAAUUUAAAGGGAAAUUAUAGUGCAGAACAUACAUGCUGUAAUUUGUUAGAGCAUGUAAUUUUAGCAUGUGGCCACAGAAGACUGAGGUGUAUUUGUAUACAAGGUAUAGAUUAAUUUAAGGUCUAUUAAUCACUAUUGCAUAGUCCAUCUGCAGUGGUCAGGACACACAUUUGCAUAUGUAUAUGUAAAUUAACAUAUGUAUGUGCAUAUUUAAUAUGUGAUAUCCAGUAUAGCUAAGUGGAACUUCAGGAAAGUUAAAUCAGAACUACAACAUCUGGAAAUGGCAUGUAGCAAUCACAAAUGCAUUGUCAUGUACAGAUAUUUUCAUGUCCAGGCUUUCAAAUUGGAUUGCACCUUUGUGACUGGGAUUUCAAACGGGAUUUUGCCCGUGUGACUGCAAAAACAGAACCCAUUCACGGGUUUCCAGUUUUUGCGCUACUUUAUUGAAAUCCUGGUCACAAAUGUGUAAUACCAUUUGAAAGCCCAGUCAUAAGGGCACGUUUCCUUUUAAAAGCCCAAACACGAAGGUGCGAUCCCUUUUGCACAACAUUGUUGCUGCAACAUUAUAGCAAUGGAGCAGUUUCACGUUUGAGAAGAUACAUUCUUUUAAAAGAAACCUGUAGUGUUCUUCUUGAUUUCAGAAGUAUAUCUCGCCAAACUAGAAAAAUGUGCUUUUUUUCAAUCAAUACUUUGAAAUGUUGAAAAAACAAUACUUUUAACAUUUUACGUGUCAAUAAAAAAAUUCAGCACACAUGCUUUUUAUACCCAUCAUGCCCUAUGUACAAAUGACAUUCAUAUUGUUUAGCAGUGACAGAUAGUUCAGGCCGGACAGAUAGCUCAGGCCGGACAGAUAGCUCAGCAUGCUAGGCAUGGUGGCUGAGCUCUGUAGGCACCCAAGAGUUGCAGGUUUGACCCCCGGCGAGGUCCACUCAGCCUUUCAUUCUUCCGAGGUCGAUGAAAUGAGCAGUGCCUUGAGACCCUAACGGGUGAUUAGCCGUGCUUUACAAGUACGCAGUACGUACUGUACAUACGUACAGUGAUCAAGAUGGAUUCAUAUUACAAUAGGUUCAGCUCAUGCAUGUAAAUGAGUAUUUCCCUUACACACUGAACAGUGGGGUUAAUUCAAAAGAAUUGUGCUGUAACCUUAAGGGGUGUGAAAGGGUCGUUGUAUAUGUCUGUUUUGGUUGGAUUCCCAGUUUCUAUCUCAAUAAUAAGUACUUAACAACCGAAAACAUGUAUUGAAAGCUCUUUUGCAGCUGUGGGCUUUUAGUAGGGAUGGGCGAAUGUGUAAAUUCCCGAAUUCGAAUGUUAGGACGAAUGUUAUUACCGAAAUUCGAAUUACAAAUCCGAAUCUUGAUACGAACGAAUAUUCUUAAAAUUCUAUAAUCGAAUGCUAUUUACAGUUUUCGAAUGUCACUUUCGAAUUCGAAUGUUUAUAAUUAGAUUGAAUGUCCACAUUCGAAAUUUUGAAUUUAACAUUCUAUUUAACAAAUACUAUUCAGAAGUUCAAUAGUUCAUGUGGUAGGGAAUCUAGUAAACUGAUACAUAAUAGAUUCAAAUAUAUCAAUUCAAAUGUUUCUAUUUUGUUCGAAUAUUGCAUAAUUCAAAUAUUACAUUUAAAGAAAGCAUUAGAAAUACUAUUACAAAUAUAUAAAUUCAAAUUUUUCUAAACAAAUAUUUUCGAAAUGUAAUCGUAAAAUUUGAAACCGAACAUUCGAAAAUCGAUUCAAACGAAGGAAUGUGUUAAAAUUUGUUUCAUUUUUCGAAUGUUGCGAAACAUUUGCCCAUCCCUAGCUUUUAGUAGCCGAAUCCAUUUUAGAUUAUCACCUGCAAAACACGCUUCCCAUAUCAGUCAAAACUGAAACCGAGUUAUCGAGAGCUAGUAUCGGAAAGAUUGUGAUCAAGGCCACAGACUUGCAGGGUCGGUAGUGCUAAAUUACAUGCUCUAAUAAAUUAUUACGCACUAUAAUGUUUCUUUAACAUUAAAGUUUUGUAAAUCUCCAGGACCAAAUACAGUUUUAUGCACAUUAGAAGUUUAUUUAACGUAAAGGGUAUUUGUUUUUUGGUAAAGUACUAAAGAUUUGUAAGGCAUUACUAGUAGAAUUACAUUGUAUAUGCUACAAGUAAUAUCUGCUGUAGCCUACCAGGGAUGGCUCCAAAGAAUGCAGAUACAGGUAUACAGAUAGUUUGGUCUCUUCUUAAUGAUGAGGAAUUCAUUAGUCUGAUAAAGACCUAAAAAUGAUUGUACAAAGAUUGCGGGGAACAUGUCACAAUAUUACUUUAAAUGGACACGAAACUCAACAAUUUUUUAUCAUGUAUAUGAAAGAGCAUUAUUUGAACAUGUUAAAUAUUUUGACAGUGUACAUUAAUUUUCAUAUAACUGCAUAUAAUAGACAGUACUAUAAAUAAGAAUAUGCACAGAUACUGGUCUGAAAAUCCAGUAUAAAACCUUAUAAAAACGUAGAAGCUCCCAGUUUAGCACUGUUGAUGAGGUUAGGCUGGGGCACCCAGUGAAAGGGGCUGGGGAAUCAGGAAGAGCAGACAACCCCCCCCCCCCGCAUAUGAAAAGACAGAUUACACAAACUAGAAUAUGUAGACUUGAGUCUACAUCUGAUAAUUUGGGGCUUGGUUAAUGUCUGAAAUCAGCACAAUGUUAUUAAAAAAAAAUAAGCAAAAAUAUACAUUUGUUACAAAAACACUCCCAGAUGGGCUAUAUAAAUGGAUCAUCUACAAAACAUUUAUGCAAAGAAAAAUCUAGUGUACAAUGUCCCUUUUAAGUGGCUUAUUGUGAUUUUUAAACCAACAAGCUGGUCUUUGCUAUAGAAGCUUACUGGAUCAUAAGGAAAACUAUUUCACAAAACAAAAACAAAAACAACAUAGGGAUCAUUAUUUCUAUAAACUAUAAUACAUAUUGCAAUGCACACUUAUAGAUGCAACAAUGAAAAAAAAUGUCCAUUUGAGAUGUUUGUAAAAUAUAACAAGGCCCUAAUUUGAUAAUUAAGUUCAUGUCUCUUUACUGAACUGCAUACAUAGCUGAAAUACAGCAGCCUGUUUCGCUGGAGGGCCUGAAGUUAUAAGUAGGUGAUGCACUUUUGCUUUCAUUCAGAUGAGGUUGAGAGAGUUCAGCACAGCAUUAUGAUAGUAUAAGAAAUAAGAAUGGUCAUAGAAAGAUACGGAUUCUGAGCAUUUUUAUUCUGGUAUUAUGAUACUUCAGAGGUUAAUUUGUAUAGGACCCAUAACUCUUGAAAUCAAUGACUGUGACUGCAUUUUCUAAAAGGAAAACCACAUGAGAUUUCUAAGAUAUGCUUUUUUUUCUAAUAGUCCCUUGCUAUAUAGUCAGUAGAUUUUCACAAUGACAGUGGUUUAAAUGAAUUAAAUGCAAGUGGGCAUGCAAGGUAUCAUCUCAAGCGGCAGUCAAUAUGGAUCUCAUAAGGAAAUAAGCUGAACUAAUGAUAUCAUUGGCUCUUUAUUGAAAGCAUAUUCUAAAAGGGGAUUAUGCUCUGCUAAAAUCUAAUGAAACAACAACCCAAAGUUUUUCUUUCAUGAUCCCAAUAGUGCAUACAGUUUAAAAAAACUUUCCAAUUUACUUCUAUUAUCAAUGUCUUCAUUCCCUUGGUAUCCUUUAUUGAAGAACAGCAAUGCACUACUGGAGCUAGCUAAACACAUCAGUAAGCCAACGAUAAUAGUUCUAUAUGUGCAGCCACCAAUCAGCCAUUAGCUCGCAGCUUCUGAACCUACCUAGGUAUGCUUUUCAACAAGGGAUACCAAGAAAACAAAGCAAAUUAGAUCAUAGAAAUUGUAUGUUGUAUCUGAAUUAUUCAUUAAUUUUUUUGGUUUCAUGUCUCUUUAAAACUCAUAGGUUAUUUUAUUGUGUAUUUGCACUGUGCUUAUUAUGUGAAGAAUUACCUUAAAAUAGCUUCAGACCCUUAAAGGGGCAAAAAAGUCAUAAUUAGACAUUCAAGAUUUAGACAGCACAUACAAUUUUAAACAACUUUCCAAUUUCAUUCCAUUAUUGAAUUUGCUUACUUCUCUUGUUCUCCUUUGCUGAAAGUUUUAUCUAGGUAGGCUCAGGAGCAGCAAAUAACCUAGGUUCUAGCUGCUGAUUUGUGGCUGCAUAUUUAUACCGAUUGUCAUUGGAUCACCAAUGCGUUCAGUUAGAAACCAAUAAUGCAUUGCUGCUCCUUCAACAAAAGACUCCAAGGAAUGAAACAUAUUUGUUAAUAGAAGCGAAUUGGAAAGUCGUUUAAAAUUGUACGUCCUACCUAAAUCAUGGAAGAAAAAUUUUGGGUUUCAUGUCCCUUGAAUGUUAUAUUUCUGUAAAGAUAGAUUGCAUACCAAACUAGCUUUGGUGAAUUUGGACCACUGUCUAAGAACUUAUCUUUUUACUCAUUGUUGCCUCUAUUACAUCACAAAGGUGAUUUAAAGGGCCAUAAUACCCAAAUGUUUAAACACUUGAAAGUGAUGCAGUAUAGUUGUAAAAAGCUGACUGGAAAAUAUCACCUGAACAUCUCUAUGUAAAAAAGAAAGAUAUUUUACCUCAAAAGUUCCUCAGUAGCCACAUCCUAUUGUAAAGGACUUCUAAGCAGCAAAUCAGUAUGUCUGUCCCGGAACAGCUAAGGGUGUGAGCUUACGUGCACACUCAACUUAUUUCCCUAUUCAGUGUAAGGAAGUUUACAAUGAAAUCUCAUGAGAGUUAAAGGGACAGUCUAGUCCAAAAAAAAACUUUCAUGAUUCAGAUAGGGCAUGUAAUUUUAAACAAUUUUCCAAUUUACUUGUAUCACCAAUUUUUCUUUGUUCUCUUGGUAUUCUUAGUUGAAAGCUUAACCUAGGAGGUUCAUAUGCUAAUUUCUCAGACCUUGAAGGCCGCCUCUUAAGAAUGCAUUUUAACAGGUUUUUCACCACUGGAGGGAGGGAGUUCAUGUUUUUCAUAUAGAUAACACUGUGCUCGUGCACGUGAAGUUACCUGGGAGCCAUCACUGAUUGGCUAAACUGCAAGUCUGUCAAAGAGCUGAAAUAAAGGGGCAGUCUGCUGAGACUUAGAUACAAGAUAAUCACAGAGGUAAAAAAUAUAUAAAUAUAACUGUGUUGGUUAUGCAAAACUAGGGAAUGGGUAAAAAAAAGGGAUUAUCUAUCUUUUAAAACAAUAUCAAUUCUGAUGUAGAUUGUCCCUUUAAGUCAAAUCUCAUGAGAUCACAGUAAAAGAGUUCAUGACCUCAGCACUGCUGAUGCUGAUUGGCUGCUGUUCAUUUCUUCAUUUUUUUUUUAACCUGCAGCUGGGAGCAGCUGAGUAUAACUUUUUACACAGAACUUACUCUGCUGAGCUGAGGAAAUUGUGAGGUAAAAUAUCUUCCUUUUUUACAUAGAGAUGCUCAGGUGAUAUUUUCCUGUCAGCUUUUUACAGUUAUACUGCAUUAGUUCCAAGUGAUUUAGCAUAUGAGUAUUAUGUCCCUUUAAUUUGUGAGUUACCUUUUCUAUUCAUUUUUUGAGUAUAAUUUUUUUUUUUUUUUACAAAUGACAUCUUCUAAAUAAAUAUUAAAAACCCAGCCAGGUCUUAUGUUUUACAAUUUUUUUUUCUCAUCAUAUGAAAUACUAAAUAAUAUUCUAGUGAGACAAACAAGUGAGUGUCAUAAAAAAUGUUUUAGGUAUAUAUUUCACAAAACUACAAUUAUCUGAUGUUUAAAAAUAUUUAAUUGCAAACUAUUUUUACCCAAUGGUUUUCUUUUGUAUAAAGCAUUGUUUGAAAUAUUAAGUUAUAUUUUUUGUUGAAAUAUCAAUAAAAUAAAAAAAAAUAUAUACUA